AUGUCAGAGGAAGGGAAGAAUCUGACAGACAAGUCAUUGGAAUCCAACAAUUAAAAUUCUCUAUAUCGAUUGAUAUAUUUGAUGGUUCGGGAUUCAAAUUAAUCGAUUAUAGUGCACAGCUUAGCCAUGUUAAUCACUCUGAUGUAAAUUCAUUAUUUCAAAUUCCAUCAUAUGAUUGUAUCAGUAUGGUAGGACAGUAAUGCAGACACAUUGACUUAAAUCUUUGGAUAUUUUAAUUUUACCCAUUAUUUGUUAAACUAGGAUUAUAGUGCAGUAUAAAUAUUAAUUUAUGUUUCUAUUGCAUUAUUAUGUUUUUGGGUGUUCUUAUUUUUAAUAUCAAUCAUAUUUAUAGUCAACUAGAAAGAUCCAGUAUAAUUAUUAAUCAACGUAUUAAAAUACCUGACCUUUGUGUUUAGUACUAUACUGUAUAUACCUAUGUUAUUCCUAUUCACAUUUUCAAUCAGUUGUACAAAUGGGUAUAUGGAUGACUUUUCAAAUCAAAAAUGUUGGUAAGGAUUGUUAGUCAUAGAUCAAAUAAUAUCAAUUAUUGGAUUAAUAAUUCUAUCCAUCAUGUGCUCAGCAGUUAAUUAUUUAUUUUUUGAUGGUUCUUUUGAUCAGGAGAAGGCAUUAUCAAAGAGAAAUGGAAGGUGUACAACCUUAACCUCAACUCAUUUCGGCAUUGUUGUGUUGCUAUCUAUGUUACCACACAAUAGUAAUUCAUAAGUGUUUUUUGAAGUCUAUUAAUUAAUUGGAUCAGUGGUUUGCUUUUUAUAUGCAAAGAGAAAUGAUGCAUAUAAUAACAGGUUAAUGUAGAAGCUGUGUUUGACAUUUCUUACUUUAGAAAUGUGGGCAUCUCUUAUGUUGUGUAUAUCUAAUUUAGUGGAGAAGAGAAUAAUGGUUGGAUCUUUAUAUACUUGGUUAUUUUGCCUGCCUUUUGUAUUCAUGAUAUAGCUGUUGCAAUAAUAGAAGAGGGAAUAGUGUUUGAUGAUUUAUGUGAAUAAGUUUGAUAAUCCUGUUUAAUUGGUGAAUCAUGUACAUGAAGUCAUCAAAUUAGUAGAAUAUGAUAAAAAAAGAUUGCCAUAAGGGUAGUUGUUAAAUGGUUACAUUGAAUUUCACAAUUAAACUUGUCCAAAUCCUUUAUGUCCAUUAAAAAAGGUGAAAUUCUCUUUGAAUAUGUUCAAAGUAAAAAAUGAAAUAGUCAGUAAAACAGACAAAAGACAUUAAUUAAUCUAUGAUACUAUGACAAGGCUGUUCAUUAUGGGAAUCGGGAAAUUUCCAACUGAUGUAUUCAUUCGAAUAGAAUACUCACUGUUUACAUUGAGGAUAUUGAAAUCCAAACCUUAAGCUUUGGAAGAAUUAAGCAAUAUUGAAAAACUAAAGACAUCUUUUGAUGAAAAAUAUAUAGUUUUCUAUAUUAAAAGUGUGAUUGAGGCUGAGAUAUCCGAGUUAAGUGGGGAAGGAUAGGAUUUCACGGAAUAAAGAGACUUUGAUGAGAAGUUUGGAUCCUUUAAAUAAGCUAUGGAAAGAAGUGUAAGUUUACUGAUGGAGUUCUGGUCUUAAUUUGCUGAUGAGAAACCUGAUUUGGUUAAGCUGUAUGAGAUUGGAUCAAAAUUGUUUCCGAUUAGGAUGUAUGUUGAUACGACUUGGAAAAGACUUUAAAGAAUCUAAAAUCAAUAACUACCAUAAGCAUUGAGAUUAUAUUCUAAAUAUUUAAUUGAAAUAUUCAAUGAUCGGAUAUCAGGAUUUGAUUUACUUGAAUAAGCUAGAAAAAUAGAGAGUUCGUUUGCUCAAAGAAAAGCUUUUAAAUUAGGAAUGACUUCAAAUUUGAAUGUUGAUGGACAAGAAGAUGGUUGUGUUUUUAUUUCAUUGGAAGAGGAGAAGUUUGGUUAAAUCUAUGCUAUUAAUAUGGCUGCUGCUUCAUUAUUGGGAUUUGAUAAAAAUGAACUUAUGAAUAAGAAAGUCAAUAAUAUUAUGCCUUCAUUAUACGCAAAGCAUCACGAUGACUUUUUAAGAAGAUUCUUGGAUACAAAUGAAGCCACUCUAUUGAAUAAAGAAAGGUUGUUACUAGGGAAGCAUAAGAACGGAUAUUUGUAAGGGAUAAAUGUGUUAUUGAGACCUGUUUAUCAUGUUUUAAAAGAAGGAGUAGAGUUUGUAGGUACAUUCAAAAAGGAAAAGAGAAUCAAGGAUGUAGCAUAUUUAGUUUGUAAUAAGGAGUACGUGGUAGAAGAUAUUUCAGGAGGUUGUAUAAAUUUAUUGGGGUUGGAUAUAAAGUCUUUACAAAUUUAAGAAAUCCAUCUUUUUGAUUUGUUUCCAGAGAUUAAGGAAUGUUAUGGUGAUUUUAAAUUGAAAUAAGGAAAAUCGGUUGAUUUCAUAUUGCCAAAAAUCUUAGAUGAUCAUAUUGCAUUUGGAGCAUCAGAUACAUCUAUUAAAUUAAGUGUGUCCAUUUUGGAUAUUAACUUUCUAAUAAUGAAAAAUUCAGAAAAUGAAUAAGGUUUGGCUGGAUAUUAAGUAAGGGUCGAAAGACAAAUUGAUUUGUCGACUUCAAAUAUCAAAUAAUUUCAGUAGAAAACUUUUAAGAAUCAAAAUUUUUCAUUUAGAUUAUAAUUUCAACAAACUGGAAUGCAUUUCUAUGGAGAAUUUACUGAUGCUAAUUACAGUGAAAUGAUCACUCAUAUCCAAGAUUAGAGUAUGUUCACUAAUUAAGAGUAUGAUCUGAAAAGUAAAGAAGUUGAGAAGAAUGAGGAUGUCGUUGAUUACUCUUAAGGUAUCAGGGUAAUGAGAUUGUUUGAGGGUGUGAUCUAUGAUAUAGAAAAGUUUUAAUCGGAUGCAGAUAUGGAAAGUUUCGAGGAAAUUCAAAUCAAGAAGGAGGAAUAACUGAAUCAAGAGAGUGAUGAGCCAAAUGAAUCUGGAUAUUUUAGAUCAUCUAAAGAAUUAUAGGAGACUUUAAAUGCAUAAAGUGAGAGUAGAACAAUCAGAUGGUUAUAUUACAUAUCAUUUCUACUUACUGUUCUACUGAGUAUCUUAUGCAUAUUGAACAAUGUCUUUGAGAGAGAAGAAAUCAACAAUUAGAAUUCUGAUUGGAACAUGAUUAUCAAACAAUCUGAUAUGAUAAUAUAUCUCAAUGAAAUCGUAUUAUAUUCAAGAGAAUUAAUGUUAUUGAAUAUUGGAUUCUCUAAUUACAAAGAAGACAAACUACUAUCUAAUUUGAAUAAAAGUAUUUAGCAAUUUGAUUCUAUGAGUAAGGACAUCUUUAUGAAGAUUUCCUUCAAUUCUGAUGUAAUGAUGAAUACUCAAUCAGGUGAAGAAACAAGUACUUUAGAAUAGGCCAGUCAGCAAAUUGUAAGUAAAUCCCUUAACAUUCAAUAAGUAUACUCACAAUUAAAUGAAAAUUAAAUCGACUAUUACUAUGUGAUCUACAAUUCAUUAAAUGAUUUCAUUCGUGCUUUAUUAGACAUGUAUAUGAAUACCAUAGAUUUAUCCUACGAUCAAACCAACAAAUUAUAUAGUGACAUUUUAGUGAUUCUCGUAUUAUCCGCCUGUUUAACAUUCAUUUCUUCUAUUAUCUUGACUUGCAUUCUAACAAGCACUCUAGAUAAAAGGUAAGAAAUCUUAAGCAUUUUUUUGGAUAUCCCAGAAAAGACAGCUAAAUUAUUUUAUUCGAAAUGUGAAAACUUUCUAUCCUAAAUAUCUUCAAAUGAAGAUGAUGAAGUAUUAAGUGAAAUUGAUAUCGUUGAGGAAAAAGGGAAUGAUGAACCUGUGUCUCUUUUGGGUAGAAAGAGGAAGAGGUUCAAGAAUAAUGAGAAUAAGCAUAUGGGAUUUUUUGUUAAGAUGAUAUUAUUAGCUUCUGUUAUAGAGUCUUACUUUAUCAUGAUCUAUUUCUUAGAUUAGAACAAUGCUGAUCAAAAAUUAAAUAUCUUAAACGAAUUCAACCAAACAUCCUUAAGUUCCAGUUAUUAUUCUAUUCUGGUCAAUACACUCAAAUAAUACAUUUACAAUGACAAGCUCAAUUUAUUGAAUUAAGAUAGCAACACUACUAUGGUUUAGCUGAUUAAUAAUGUCUAUGAGAUUGAUACUCUCUAUCAGAAAUUACAUGCUGUCAAUGUGGAACACAAUGAUAUUUCUUAUAUUGAUUAUUACAACUCUAUUAUGUUUGAUAAUCUAUGUACAACAAUUACAUUACAAGAGAUCACAUGUGAAACCUUUGCUAAUGGAAUUUUAGAUCAUGGAUUAAUGACAGCAGUGUCUAGGCAUUUUCAAAAUAUCCGAAAACUAUACAACUCCUAUUAGAAUCUCAACCAAAACGCAACCUUAGAUUUUCCUUGGUCGAACUUUACUCUUUUAGAUCUGUCUGCUGAUCCAAAGAGAAAUAAACUACUCAAUUUGCUCAACACUCCAGAAAGUUAUGAAAUAAACAAUAUGUAAUUCUAUGUAAUUAAAGAUGCAUUUACAUUGUUAAAGAACAAGUACUUGGAUAUCACAACGUCUGAUCAAGAAAAUUACAUUGUUCAGCAGCUAAUAUUAAUGAUUUUCUUCUUGUUAACAUUGAUACUGGCUUUGCUGUUUUGUUGGAACCCCUUCCUAAGAAAAUUAAACAGAGAAAUUUGGUCAACCAAGUGCUUGCUGACCUUCAUCCCCAUCGAUGAAAUAGCUAAAAUUAGAACUAUAAAUAAUUAUAUUAGGACUGUAAUAUUGGAAUAAAACAUUUGA